AUGGAGCAAGACAGUUCUAUUGGAAAAGUAAUAAAGUUCUCACAUGUUCUGGCUGCCUCCUUCGCCGGUCUAAUUGCCGCCGCCACCGCAUCCAGCUACCGGCGGGCACCGUCGACGGUGGUGGGAGAGCAGAAGAAGGUGAUCCCCCUCCUACGUAGGACGGAAUCUGGCCAUUCAGGAGAGAUCGAGAAGUUCUCCGACUAUGUUGCAAGGCAAAUGGGAUUUGAAGAUGCUAGUGAGGUUCCAGAGCUAUGCAUAUUGGCUCAAGAGUAUUUGAGAAAAUCCAAAGGGUGCGAUGAAAACAUCUAUGAAUAUAUUUCCAGUGCCAAUGGGGAGAACACUGAUUCUCUAUAUAUGAAAUUGGUUGAUGAGUUUGAGAGAUGCAUUCUCAGUUAUUUAGCAUUUCACUGGAACCAAGCUACAUCUGUCAUUAGUCAGGUUUUGAGUGUCGAGUCUCCGCAGAAAAAAAAGCUCAAGGGAAUUCUAUUGGCAGCUACAAGGAAACAAAGGUUCGAGAAAAUAAGUAAUAAUCUGAAGGUGACUAGAGUGUUCUCUACUUUGGUGGAAGAAAUGAAAGCAAUAAAUGGUGACUCGCAAUAUUCAGAUGUGAUGGUGCCCAUGGCCCUGAGUGAGAGGAGUCCAGUGCUGCUGUUUAUGGGAGGUGGCAUGGGAGCUGGAAAGAGCACAGUUCUUAAAGACAUUCUUAAAGAACCAUUUUGGUCAGGAGCAGCUACAAAUGCUGUGGUGGUUGAGGCAGAUGCCUUUAAGGAGAGUGACGUAAUAUAUAGGGCCCUUAGCUCCAGAGGUCACCAUGAUGACAUGCUCCAAACUGCUGAAUUGGUGCAUCAAUCGUCCACUGAUGCUGCAUCAUCUCUGCUAGUGACAGCUCUAAAUGAGGGUAGAGAUGUAAUCAUGGAUGGCACCUUAUCAUGGGAGCCAUUUGUGGAGCAGACUAUUGCUAUGGCAAGAAAUAUUCACAAAUACAGGUACAGAAUGGGAGUAGGGUAUAAAGUAGCUGAAGAUGGGACAGUCACUGAAAAUUACUGGGAGCAAGUAAAUAACGCAGAAGAAGAACAUCAAUCAGAGGAUUUUUCUAAUGGAGAACCACGCACGCGAAAGCCUUACAGAAUUGAGCUAGUUGGCGUGGUUUGUGAUGGCUACCUUGCUGUUGUUAGAGGCAUAAGGAGAGCUAUUAUGACAGGAAGGGCAGUGAGGGUGAAUUCACAAUUGAAAUCUCACAAAAGAUUUGCUAAUGCAUUUCCAAGAUAUUGCGAACUUGUUGAUAAUGCCAGGCUCUAUUGCACAAAUGCUAUUGGUGGUCCACCAAAGCUCAUAGGGUGGAAGGAUGGUGAUCACAAUCUACUAGUGGAUCCCGUAGAUAUCAAAUGCUUGAAAACGUUAGGCAGUUUGAAUGCUGAAGCUGAUUCUAUCUACGAACUUCACAAAGAAUCCAACCCCAUAACGGAACCUGGUUCAGUUUGGAGUGAUAUUGUUCUGUCACCUUCAAGGACAAGUGAUCAGAAAGAAUUGAGGGAAUUCAUUCAGAAAAUAGAGAAACCAUCCUAA